UUGAGUUAACAUUAUAAUAAAUGAGCAACAUGAUAAUAAAAUAGCACUUUAUAAGACUGAAAUAAUUAUUUAGAUCCAAAGUAAAAUACUAGAUACCAUUCAGAUGAUUUGAGAGAAUUUCUUCACUUCUUACAGAGUUGACCCCAUGUCAUUCUAAUGCUGGAAAUCCAAUAAUGAACAAACCUACUCAGAUCUGUGUUUUAGUGUAAAAGGAUGAAAAAAUUCAAUUGUAUGUUUUUAGCUAAAUAUAUAACUAAUAUUGCAAACCUAUGCACAAAACUACCUCCCAGAGAAAGACUUGUCCCCUUUUAUUCCCCAAAUACUCAAUUUUGAGUAUGGUAGAGGAAGGUGUGCUGUUAUCACAUUUGAUGAGUAGUGAUAUACAUGAAAUGAAUUAUGAUUUGUUAUGUGAACUCUACAGAAUGUCUACAUACUCUGCUUUCCCAGUCAAUGUUCCAAUCUCAGAAAGGAGUCUUGCCCGGGCUGGAUUUUAUUACACUGGUAUGAAUGACAGAGUUAAAUGUUUCUGUUGUGGCUUAAUGCUGGAUAACUGGAAACAAGGAGACAAUGCGAUUGACAAACAUAAACAGCUAUAUCCUAGUUGUGCCUUUAUUCAGAAUUUGAUUUCAGUUAAUCUGGGAUCUUCUCAGUCUACAUUUUCUUCUUCAGUGAAUAAUGCCACACGUUCAUUAUCUCUCAGUUCAGAACAGAGUGGAUAUUUCAGUGGUUCUUAUUCCAGUUUUCCACUGGAGCCAGUGACUUCCAGAGGAGUUGAGGACUUGUCCCCUUUGAAUAUCAGCCCCUACAGUUAUUCUAUGAGUACUGAAGAGGCCAGAAUUCUUACUUACCAGGCAUGGCCAUUGACAUUUCUGUCAUCAUUAGAUCUGGUAAGAGCUGACUUUUAUUAUAUAGGACCUGGAGACAUGGUAGCUUGCUUUGCCUGUGGUGGGAAACUGAGUAACUGGGAACCAAAAGAUGAUGCCAUGUCAGAGCACCGAAGACAUUUUCCUCACUGUCCUUUCCUGGAGAGUCAAAUCCAAGAAACAUCAAGAUUCAAUGUUUCUAAUCUGAGCAUGCAAACCUAUGCAGCCCGUGUGAAAACCUUUGUGACCUGGCCGCCUCAAAUUCCAGUUCAUCCAGAGCAGCUUGCAAGUGCUGGCUUUUAUUAUGUGGGUCAAAAUGAUGAUGUGAAAUGCUUUUGCUGUGAUGGUGGACUGAGAUGUUGGGAAUCCGGAAAUGAUCCUUGGGUGGAACAUGCCAAAUGGUUCCCAAGGUGUGAGUACUUGACACGAAUGAAAGGUCAAGAGUUUGUUGACCAAGUUCAAGCUAGGUACCCUCAUCUCCUUGAACAGCUAUUAUCAACUUCAGAUAUUCCAGGAGAUGAAAAUGCUGAACUACCAAUUAUUCAUUUUGGGCCUGGAGAAAAUAAUUCAGAAGAUACAGUCAUGAUGAACACUCCAGUGAUUAAAGCUGCUUUGGAAAUGGGCUUCAGUAGAAGUCUAGUAAAACAGAUUGUUCAGAGUAAAAUCUUAACUACUGGAGAAAAUUACAAAACAGUCAAUGAGGUUGUAUCGGAUCUCCUCAAUGCAGAAGAUGAAAAAAGGAAAGAGGAGAAAGAGAGACAAACUGAAGAAAUGGCAUCAGGUCUUCCUAUGGAAGAACAACUUAGGAGAUUACAAGAAGAAAGAACAUGUAAAGUUUGUACGGACAAAGAGGUUUCUAUUGUAUUUAUUCCUUGUGGUCAUCUAGUAGUAUGCAAAGAAUGUGCUCCUUCUCUAAGAAAAUGCCCUAUUUGCAGGGGUAUAAUCAAAAGUAUAGUACGUACAUUUCUUUCAUGAAAAAAAAAUCUAUACACCCAAAUUUGUAUUGAAAAGACUUCAAAAUGCUCAGUCUUAAGCCACUGAAGUCUUUUGGAAGAAAGAAAAGUUGUUUUAAGGCUUUUUAGUAGCAAAUCAAUGUACAAUUCUUCCUUGGUAUUAGUUACUUGAUUUCUUAUAGUACACGGUGUCAUGCAUAUACUAUUGUCAUAAUUCCUUGAAAGUUUAUGUAUAUGUAUGCAUGUUUAUGUGUUGGAAGAGCUGGAUGUGAUACUAUGUGCUUGAAAACAUAAUGAUAGAGUGUAGAUAUACUGCUAUUAUGCAUUUGGGGUUUUUGAAUUUGGUUAUCUUACUAAAAUCUUUGAAUCCUAUGUAAGUGUAGUCUUGAACAGGUGUGGGAAACAGGAGCCCCCAAAUUUGUCAUAAGUAUGGUGCCACUUUUUGGGUGCUUUUUACAGUUUUGUUGUAAAAUAGAGACUAGUUAAGGUAAAAAGUUUCCCUAAUAUGAGGAACAGAUUAACAGUAUAAUAUUUAAAA